AGAGAAGGAAAACAAAGCGUGUUGCCCUGUAUUUAUUUGCAUUGUUAUAAUAGCUGCGGUAAUUCAUGCUAUCAACUGACUUAGCACAGAGGAUUGAUUGUUUAUGGAUUUCAAACUCGAUCUGGGAAUGUCAAAACGUGCUCAGAGACUGCUCACGGGAAAUGUUAGUGGCAAGCAAGGAGAGUGUUUUGUUUUUCUUUUUAUUACUACGUCGCCAUUUUGGAAACCCUUAAACCCUAUGACAUCAUGAAAACACGCUCCUUCCGUCCUACGCCGUGCGGAGCUCCUGCUGCCCAAGGCGAGCCAGCGAACUGCAGAGGAGACAAAGCGGCGAACUAAUUGCCCCUUCAGAUCAAUUAAAUAUAUUUUUUUAUUUAACCGUUUAGUUACCGAAACCGACUGAAGUUGACCUCAGGGCUUUCAGAUUUUACAACAAGAACUGGACCUCUCAGGGAUUCCUUUAUCGUUUACAUUCAAAUGGAGAACUUAAACAAGACUGGUCUUUCCAGACCUGGACAUUAGCACACUGAAUAACCAAACACUGGUGGGGACCGAAAAAAAAAACAAUUAAGUUGAAAGCAAAGACCCCCGUCCUGUCCCGCCCCCCCUCCCACCCAUGACUCUCAACCACCUGACAGGCUGGUUGUAAAGAAAGAACAUCGUUUGUUCCACGGGCAGAUUUUAAGUCCGCUAAAAUGGAUAGCGUGGAAGGCCUGUCUCACAGCAGUGAUGAUGCGGGCCCAGAGCACAAUGACUGCACAGUGAGCGACAAAAGACGCGAAGCCAAGGGAACGUGUCUGAAAAUCGAGGGGCAAGAUGGUUACGUGUUUAAGUCAUACCGCCUUAGCCCUCAUGAGGCUGUAGAGAUGAAGCCUGCUUCCUGUUCCUCAGGGACACUGGCUCAAGACCCCUCCUCAGUGUCCCCUUCCCCUGAGGGGACAUCAGAAGGCCUGUCUCCUCCUGAUGACACGCCGCCAUCAGAUCCGCUGCCAGGGGGCGAACAGUCAUCUCCUGAAGAGAUAUGCGACAAAGGGGAUCCUCCCUCCUCUCCAGACAUUUCAGAUGAGACCCCUUUAUCACAAGUCGAAAAGACAAACGAACCACGAGAAACUGAAAAAAAUGCACAUAUCAAAGAGGAAGAGGAACCAAAUGCCAUGGAUGAAGGCAUCCAAGACGAUGAAAAUUCCACCUUCGACAAUUCAGUAGGCCCCUUUGCAGCUAGGUUUAGUGACGAUUAUGGUAAUAUACUUAGUGGUUACACUAGUACGCUUUAUGAUGUUGCGAUGGACGCUGUGACACAAAGUCUAUUGUCAUCAAUGAGGAAUCCUGUAAAUGCGCGAAAGAAGUCUCCUGCUUGGAACCAUUUUUUCAUAUCGCCACGAGAUAGCACCAAAGCAAUCUGCAUGUACUGUAUGAAGGAGUUCAGCCGGGGGAAGAAUGAGAAAGACCUCAGCACUAGUUGUCUGAUGAGGCACGUGCGAAGGGCUCACCCCACUGUGCUCCUGCAGGACAGUGACGCUCCCCCCAGGACUUUGACCAGCUCUGUUGCCUCACCCUUAAUACCUCCCACAAACUCACCAAAUAACGGGGAAUUGGCAGCUAAUACAGUGCCCGGUUCACAGAAAAACACUUCAACAUCUGCCUCCUCUUCAGACGGUCCAGAGAUACCAUCCAAAGAAGUGUUCCUGGUUACACCAAAAUUAGAAAAGAGUGCCAAAAACGAAAACUGCAUGGCUUCAUCGCCGCAUUCCAGCAGCAACCAUAACGAAGACACUGUGGACGGGGUGUCCGAGCGCAUCCUCGCAACUCCAAAAAGCUCCAACUCCCGGAGGAGAUCGGCUGUGUGGAAACACUUCUACCUGUCGCCAGCGGACAGCUCCAAGGCCGUGUGCAUACACUGCAUGAAUGAAUUCAGUCGGGGGAAAAACGGGAAAGAUCUGGGAACCAGCUGUCUGAUUCGUCACAUGUGGCGAGCCCAUCGAGACAUCGUCAUAGAGGAGAAUGGACAGGGCUCCAGCAUCCCACCGCCAUACACUAACCCUCCCACUCUUCUGUCUCGGGUCCAGCUGCAGGAUGCUGGAGAGUUGAAAAAGGAGCCCCUCUCUAUUUCCUCAUCCCCCGAAACAACAUCUGAUGAGGUGCCCCAGAAUUUCAGUGAGAGCAUGGACAUAAGGGAGGACUCUAACGAUGGUCCAUAUCAGUCGGGACAGGAAUCCUCGCUUGACAUGUCGCUGGGACCGAAAGGUGACCAAGAUCCGUCUCUGACCUCACCGGACAACCUCUCCGAAGGCCCGAGCCUGCUCCAAGGCCUGAGCUCGGUUUUCCAGCAAAACAAGAAGAUCAUGAAACGGGUGAAGUCAGAAGUCUGGCACCAUUUCAUCGUCUCUCCAGUCGACCAGCUCAAAGCGCUGUGCCGUUACUGCCCUUGUGUCAUCAGCCGAGGCAAACGAGGAGACUUUGGAACCAGUUGUCUGAUGAGACAUCUCAUGAGACGGCAUCCCGAUGUCCUCAAAGGCCAGAAAAGCACAUAUGAUAAAGCCGCCUCGCCUCGGUCGCCCUACGCCACCCUCGCUGCGGCAGAAGCUCUGUCGGCCAAUGCAGCGGACAGCCCUGUUGGUGAGAAGAAACCACACACUCUGCCCGUUUUUAGCAAGAAGACUUCAAAAUUGUGGAACCAUUUUUCUAUUUGUACUGCAGAUCCCACAAAGGUGGUUUGUUUGCACUGUAGCCGCACUAUAAGCAGGGGCAAAAAGACCACAAACCUUGGCACCAGUUGCUUAUUCAGGCACAUGCAGAGAUUUCAUGGACACGUUCUUGAAAAUAACAGCAGCAUCUCAGGUGUUGUGUCCUCUGCUGAUAUUCAAGUAAAACAAGAACUCAUGGACACUUCUUCCUAUGAAGAAAACAGGGAAAGAUUCGAUGAGUACCACCCAGUCGCCAAAAAAAUCACCAAACUUGUCGCAGAAAUGCUUGCACUGGACCUCCAGCCCUCAACUCUGGUAGAAAAUGUCGGUCUCAACCGUUUGCUGGAAUACCUGCAACCACAAUACUCGCUCCCCUCGUCUUCCUACUUCACAAGCACUGCCAUACCAGAAAUGUACGAGAGGGUGAAGGAGGUUGUCGUCACGCACCUGAAAGAAGCUGAAGGGGGCAUUGUCCAUUUCACAACAAGCGUCUGGGUCAGCAGCCAGACUCGAGAGUACCUGACCCUGACGGCUCACUGGGUGACUUACGAGUCGUGUGUGCGGCCCCAAGGUCAGGAUUUUCACUGUUCCGCCCUCCUAAGCAUCUCUCCCAUUGACUGUGACUACAACAUUCUAAAUAUUCAGAAGCAGCUCGAGUAUCUCUGGGACACUUGGAUCAACUCUUCAGGGCUAAAAAUUGGGUUCACCGUAACCGAUAAUGAGAGCAUUGCAAACACAGUGGAGGAUAAUGACCAUGCCGCCGUACAGUGUUUUGGACACACCAUUGACCUCAUCGUUAGCGAAGCCAUAAAGAGCCAAAGGAUGGUUCAAAACCUUCUGAGCAUUGCCCGAAAGAUCUGCGAACGCGUCCACCGCUCCGCAAAAGCGAAGGAGAAGCUGGUGGAGCUGCAAAAGGCGUACCACUUACCAGAAAACCAGCUGGUCCAGGACGUUCCAUCCAAGUGGAAAACGUCCUUCUACAUGCUUGAACGUUUAGUGGAACAAAAGAAAGCCAUCGAUGAGAUGUCGAUAGAGUGCAAUUUCAGGGAAUUGAUCAGCUGUGACCAGUGGGAAGUGAUGCAGUCGGUGUGCAAUGCUUUAAAGCCUUUCGAGGUGGCCUGCAGGGAGAUGAGCAACCGGACCGCCACGCUGGGCCAAGUCAUACCGCUCAUUCAUAUUCUCAAUCGGAAGAUCGACAUGCUCUUCGACGAGACUAUGGGCAUUGACAACAUGCUGAAAUCUCUAAAGGAAGCCAUGGUAAGCCGAAUGUCUUCGACACUUCAUGACUCCAGGUACACGUGGGCAACGAUGUUGGACCCUCGGUACAAGACCUCCCUGUUCACAGUGGAAGAGGCGGAGCAGUGCAAGCAAGACCUCAUACGAGAAUUGGAGGCGUCCUUAUCUACCUCAGCCGAAACAAAGCCUUCGCUUUCCAACGGAUGUAGCGAGGUCCCCAGUCCAUCCAGCAGCAUUCUCAGUAACAAGGACAACCUCUGGGCCCUCAUGGAUGACAUCAGAAACAAGAUAAAACAGGAGGAGCGGCCCAAAUCGUCAGAGCUGGCAGUGCUGGAGUAUCUGGAGGAAGAGAUACUUGAUCAAAGCUGUGAUCCUCUGGAUUACUGGAACCUGAAGAAGUUCCUGUGGCCAGACCUGGCCAAGGUGGCCGUUCGGUAUGUGGGCUGUCCUCCCAGCAUUGUCCCAGCAGAGACGCUGUUCAGCACAGCAAGUUUAAACUGCGCCCAGAGUCAGUCCAGGCCAUUGCUGGAAAACCUGGAGGACCUCAUCUUUUUAAAGGUCAACCUUCCCUUGAUAUUUUUUCAGUACUGAAAUUAUUUCAAUAUACUUCACAGACCUUGGCUCUGAUGAAGGACUGGAUGGCAAGAGUCUGUGAAGUAUUCACUGUAUGGGCAGUUUUUUUUUUCUUUUUUUUCCUUCUUUAAUGGAGCAAACGCUCAACUCAUUUGAAUCCAGUUGACUCAAGACACAUCUCGUGCAGCACGUGGACCAAUUGGGGUCGAAUGAGUUGAGUGUUCAGUGAAAGUGAAAUCAUGUCUUGUGUGUACUACUGUUGAACGCUUGAUAGCUGGAGUAAGCCUACAAGCCAGUGGCGAGUGUGUUAGGGCAGGGGAUGUAUAAGUACCUGUAUGUGGCGGUAAAUACUUGUUGCUGUAUUUUAAUAUAUUUUUUUUUGUCGUACUUUUUCCUUGUGCCUUAUGCAAACUACUUCAGGUCAAAGUGCUGUAAAUACUUAACUGAUGUUCAACCAAGUGGUAGUCUUUAAAUUCAAGUGAUUAUACAUAUUAGGAUGUAGACGCUGACUGUUUUUAUAAAUGAGUACAUGGCCCAAAAACAAAUGCUGUGACUGAAAGAUGUU